AUGCCCGCGCGACAGUGCCUGUCCUCCUCGCGCUCACAGUCCAUGGCGAGCGUGGAUGUAUCCAUGGGUGCCGGUCGCGAGCUGUUUAACUGUUUCCACGGCAACCUGAAGCUCCCGUCAAUCAAGAGUCCAGCAGCUCUACAGGACAUGGCUGGAAGAGGCAGAGCAGACGCAGAGGACACGGACACGCUUCUUCACACUGAUUUCAACGACAGCAAUAGUACAUUUGACUGUCCGCCUCUCAAACUGGACCACUGUGACCUCCUCCUGGAUGCAAUGGACGCUCAGCUUAGUCGGCUGCAGGUCCAGCCUUGGAAACGUGAGGCAGUUUCAAAAGAGGCUGACCUCAGCAAUACAGCUCCUUUUGGGUGGAGUCAGUCUCUGAGCAAAGACACGGGCCUGGGAAGUACAAGUCAAACAAAUGACACUCCCAUGUGUUGCUUUGAUUUGGUACACACUCCGACAAGGGAGCAAACAUCAGGCAGCUGGGAAGAUCCUGUCACCCACGAGGAAACUAACGAGAGGCUGGACAGAUGGACGAGAGACAGAGAGGAAACUGAGUCACGCAGGGAGCAGGUCAUCUGGAGGCUCGAGAGGCUGCUUGGAGAUUCCUGUAAUGACGGAAGGAUGGCAGAAGAAACACACCCUCCUUCAGACAGUAUCUGCACUGAGGACUUUGGCAGGCGGUUCAGAGAGGAGAUGGUGGAAAUGGCUUUGCCAGACAGUGCCAUGCAACAGCUAGACAAAGAAGAAGAGGCAGAGAGGACAGACAUUUCUGACAGUGACACGCACCAAAUCCCUCCCAGAGCAGGGGUUGUAACAGACCAUGGAAACAUACAGUACAACAACAGCUGUUCUCCCAGGGCCAAGUGCUUGGCAGGCGUGCCUGUGCGGAGUUUUGACACCGUGUCCAUUGACAGUGACCUCGAUACCGUCUGCACGGAGCACGUUAGGCAGCACAUUCACAAGCGAUCAGGUUGGCGCUCUCUCAUUCAUUCUGUCACGAACAUGAAUGACCACUGUACCACCCAGAGUGACUAUGACACAGCCACACAGGAAGAAAGUGAAUCUCAGUCCACGUCAGUCCAGAGAUCUCCUCACAAACGUGUGCACAACAGAAGUCUCUCUCUGCGUAAAGCUCAACGUAACAAAAAAGAAACUCAUAGAACUGUCUGUUCUUUGAGUGACAAUGAUAAAGACACUGAUGAAGAAAUGAACCCCUGGAGAAGGAAGUCCAACCCUGAGAGGACGUCAGAGAAACUUCAGUCAGACUGGACCAAGAUGAAAGAGCAACUCCGUAAUCUCCAACAAAAAUGUGAGAGAGAGGAGGAGACUCUAAGGAUGAAGAGAGCUCAUUUAAAAGAUGUGGAGCUCUGCCUCUCUGAACUUCAGCAGAAAAGGAAGCAUGCCUUGCAGGAAUUAAAGCGACUGACUUCAGAGAGAUCACAGAUGGAGAAGGAGAGGAAGUCUUUGGAGUCAAAUCUGAGAGAGAGACAUGAAGAGAAGGAGUCUAUUAGUUGCCAGCUACAGACGCUGCAGAGACAGAAAGAAUCCUGUCUCCUUGAGGUUAGAGGUGUCAAAGAAGAUCUCGCAACUCUGACUCAACGUAAACAGACUCUGACAGAUGGAUCCUACAUGAGCAGGAACAAUGUGAUGUCAGUGCUGGAGAGGGAAGAGAUGGAAAGACAGCUGGACAGCACCAAAACAGAGCUGUUUGCUGAGCAGCGCUGUGCGAGAGAGAAGUUGGAGUGCAUGCAAGAAAGGCUGGAGGAGACGCGUGAGGAGCUCCACAGCGCGACAGAAACCGUGAACUCACUGAGGAACAGAUGUUCAUGUCUGGAGGACGAACACAUGCAGAAAAAAGGACAGACUGAGACGCUUGAAGUUCAAGUGAGCGAGCUGCAUGGUGACCUGGGACGAUGUAAGAUCCGACUCGGUACUCUGGAGAAAACGUUGGCCCAGAAAGAGCUGCAGCUGCUGCAUGUACAGGAACAAUACGAGGCCUUACAAGCAGAGAGAGAUGGACUGAGGGGGGAGCUAGAGCACCUGAAAACACAACACUAUGAAGAACUGAAGGAAGCCCAGGAGCAGACCCACAUGUUGAUGGUUAACAAGCAGAGUGAAGAGGAGAAAACCAGGGCUUUGAAAGAAGAGACUCUGGCUCUCACACAGCGCAUCGAGUUCAUGCAAAGUUCCAUUCAGCGUAAAGAAGAAGAAGUGAUAAAGCUGAGAAAAUCUCUGCGGCAGCAAAAGGAGGAGGCAAAGAAACACGAGGAGGACCUGGAAAUAGAGGCCACUAAAAAGGCACACGAGGCAGUAGAGGAGGAGCAGCGGAAAUGGGAGGAAGAAAAAGUGGAGUCGAUGCAGGUGCACUGUGGGAUACUUGAAGAGCAGCACAGAAAGAGUCUGGAAAGCUUGAGGAGUGAGAUGCAGCGAGAGAAGAGUAAAGCACUGGCCUCUCAACAUCAAGUGUUGGAACUAAAAAAAAAAGUGCAGGAGUUGGAGAGCGAGCGCGAUGUGCAGCAGAAAGAGCAGCAGUCUUUGAUGGCUGCCAUUUGCAAAUCGCUAAAAGAGGAGCACCAGGCCGAGCUGCAGCAGUCACAGAGAUACAUGGCACAGAGUCAGAAGACGGCGCUGCGACUCCAGCAGGAUGUUCGGCUGGCGGUGGAAGAGAAUGACAGGCUCAGGGUGAUGCUUGAAGAAAAGGAGAGCAGCCAUAACCUAAUCACUGCUGAGAUGGAACAACAGCUGGGAGCAGAGUGCCAGCAUCUACACCUCCUGCUGGAGCAGAGUGGAGCCAAACACAGUUCAGGGGGACCACCUCUCAGGUUUACAGUCACUGAAGCUCUCACUAACCUGAGAACACUACGAGAGCAACUGAAGAUAUUUAUUAGCCGUCUACUCCAGGAGCUUGUCGCACAGAAACAAACAAAUGAUCAGCUGAGACAAGAUAAGGAGCGAGAGCUGAGCAUUCAGAGACAGCAGCUGAGGGUGGAGCGAGAUCAAGCCUUGUCUUCUAUAAAGAAGCGUCUCAUCCAGGACCACAUCGAGGAGCUGAGCAGCCUGAAAUGGGCUCAGAUGAGCGAUGGAGGAGCUGAGGGAGGAGCGGCGUCGUCUCUCCGCAGGCAGCUGAAGGACAAAGACCUGGAGCUCGUGCAGGUUCAGAGGAGCAUGGCCGAGUGGAAGGAAAACACUGCGGCUCGCCUGGCCUGCAAGUUUGAAGAAGAGCUGACCACUGAACUGGAGAGGUGCAAGGCAAAGUUGUUGAGGGGAAGAAAAGCUUCAAAGACUCGAGAAGAGAGGCAGAGGAAGUUUGACAGGUCUGAUGGUGCAAAGGAAACUCAAAAACCAGCUUGCGGUCCCUCCCUCCACGCUGUGGACUCUGCUGCCUCCCACGGCCCCUCAGACGUGGCUUCGCUCAAACUCCUGAGUUACCUUCAGAGCAGGGUGAAGCAGCUACGUGUAGAAAAUCAGGCCCACACAUGGAGUCCACCUCCCCGAGCUACAGCCCCUGUAGAUUUAUCUGGAUCCUAUCUUAAUACCAUCGCUCAGGGUCAGGACAGUGCUGGGAUUCUGAAUCAAUCUUCAGGUCAGAGAGUCUGAAGCUCAGGACAUGGACCCCGAGUUUCUGAAGUAUGUUAAGCUGUUAUGUGGCCACGCAAAUGAAUCAUUCACCGUUAUAGAACACGUGCUUGAGAUAGCGGACUAACAAGCAGGUCAUGGUGACAAAUGACACAAUGUGCUCACCGAGGUCACAUUCCUGUCUUGAGCCAUUUUAUGGUUUACAGUUAGAGCGAACGGAGACUGAUGAUCUGACAUUUCUCUGCAGACUGAGAAUCAUGUGAGUUAUGUCAAAUAACCUCAUAAAGCUGACAGGUCUUAAGGGUGUCCCCGUAAAUUAACUUUUCUUUUUGUUUGU